AUGACUGGUAAUGGUUUUCAUGUUAGUGAAGGUGACUCUUGUGUUUAUUCUAAGCAUGAUAGUCUUGGUUGUGUGAUUAUUUGUCUUUAUGUGGUUGACAUGUUAAUUUUUGGGACCGACUUGGAUCGAGUAAAUGAGACAAAACAGUUUUUGAGUUCGAAUUUUGAAAUGAAAGACAUGGGUGAGGCAGAUGUGAUUUUGGGAGUAAAAAUUAAAAGGACUUCAAAUGGCAUCUGUCUUAAUCAAUCACACUAUGUUGAAAAACUUCUUAAAAAGUUUGACUCAUUUAAUGUCGAUCCAGUUGAGACUCCAUAUGAACCGAGCUUCCACCUAAAGAAAAAUAAUGGUGAUUCAGUUGAUCAGUUGGAAUAUGCUAGAAUUAUUGGGAAUAAUUCCCCUUCCACUAGUCAUCAGUCAGGAAGUUCUUCUCCCACUCAGAGUAAUCAAGCAGGGUCAGAUGGAGGGCAGGAAGAAGGAGAGAUGAUGGAUGAGAGUAACCAUACUGUUGCUAGUUCCAUUAUGGAGAUUCCAAAUCCAAAUCCACCUCCAACUCCAAUUAUAAUCGACAUUUCAUCCGACGAUGAGGAAGAUGAAGUGUUGUUCCAAGUAGAGCAAGAACCAAAGUCACCUGAACCAAUGGAGGAAGAAGAUGACCCAGAAUUUGAUCCUGGAAGCUACAAACAAUCUACCGACAAGAAGGAUAAUGUUUGA